AAUUGAGUGGGUAAGUUGAACAUUGGUAUAUUUUUUCAAAACUUCUUAGGUGGUUCUAGUGCAAGAACCACCGUCUAUUCUAUGAUCUAACAACUGACUUUGCUUUCCUUUUCUCUGAUCUAUUUCUCUUUCCCAUUAAUGUUUUAUAUUGAUAGUUCAUUCCUCCUUCCCGUUGGUUAGCAAUUCAUGUCCUGUUUCCUGAAUAAUCACAAGCAUGGGAAGCAACCAUCCACCGUAGAGGAACUAAACAUAGAGGCAGGCCUCCUCCAAGGCUGAGAUGCCAACAGGACACCCUGAGAAAUCCACAAUUGAAGUGUGUUCUUGGAUCUGGUCACAGAGUCAUAGAGGGUGAGGGCUUGAAGAGACCUCAGCUAUUGCACAACUCUUCCAUUUUGCUGAUGACAAAAGAGAAGCAUGAAGAUGACAUGGAUGACAGGAUCAAAGAACUAGUGCUGGUGGAGCUAGAUGAGAACCAAGACCUCGGGUACCCAGGCUUUCUCUGUCUCCACUCCAUCCUGGUCUCAUAGGAGAGUAUUAGAGUCUUUUCAUAUAAGUGUCCAGGCAGAGAAAAAUCAUUCCAUUCUGCAUAGACCGACCAAGACCAUCACUAUGACCGAUGGAGACUAUGAUUAUCUGAUCAAACUCCUGGCCCUCGGAGAUUCAGGGGUGGGGAAGACAACAUUUCUUUAUAGAUACACAGACAAUAAAUUCAAUCCCAAAUUCAUCACUACAGUAGGAAUAGACUUUCGGGAAAAACGUGUGGUUUAUAAUGCACAAGGACCAAAUGGAUCUUCAGGGAAAGCAUUUAAAGUGCAUCUUCAGCUUUGGGACACUGCGGGACAAGAGCGGUUCCGGAGUCUCACCACUGCAUUUUUCAGAGACGCCAUGGGCUUCUUAUUAAUGUUUGACCUCACCAGUCAACAGAGCUUCUUAAACGUCAGAAACUGGAUGAGCCAACUGCAAGCAAAUGCUUAUUGUGAAAAUCCAGAUAUAGUAUUAAUUGGCAACAAGGCAGACCUACCAGACCAGAGGGAAGUCAAUGAACGGCAAGCUCGGGAACUGGCUGACAAAUAUGGCAUACCAUAUUUUGAAACAAGUGCAGCAACUGGACAGAAUGUGGAGAAAGCUGUAGAAACCCUUUUGGACUUAAUCAUGAAGCGAAUGGAACAGUGUGUGGAGAAGACACAAAUCCCUGAUACUGUCAAUGGUGGAAAUUCUGGAAAGUUGGAUGGGGAAAAGCCACCAGAGAAGAAAUGUAUCUGCUAGACUCUAAAUAGAAACUGAACAUCAAGAACCCCACCAAAAUAUUACUUUUAUAAACAAUGACAAACCACACAAUUGUCAUUGAGUAAACCAUGCACAAUGGCAUGUCUUUCUUUUUCUGCCAGAAAAUCUAUUUUAAGAAACCAGAAUAGUCAACAGUGUUCAAAAGAAUUGACUAGUUAUCCUCGAGACCAUUUCAAACAAGAUCAAAGAUUUCCCACAUGUGAUCUCAUCAUCAUGGAUACUCAAUUUGUUUUUCUUAUAGAGAAAAUGAGUAUAUAAGACAACAUACAAGAAGAAAUAUCAGUGAGUUUUAAAUCAGAACAAGUUACCUGUCACAUUGGAGAAAAGGGUGGGCUACUAAAGGGAGAACACAGAAACAAGAAUUUCUAAAAGGUUGGGUUUACUUCUUAUAUUGAAUCAGAUGUAUACUUUUAGAUUUGCAUUGGGGAAAACGUAUUAACUAAAAAUGGAUACACAAUGAAGAAUUCUAUUUGGCCAAUUAAGAAUGACAUGCUGUGUACACCCAAUAAGCUGUACUAGAAUGAAUAGAUUACUGAUAAGGUUACAAAUAGGUAAAUGUCACACUUCUGCUAAAAUGCAGGAGAUAGUGUCAUAAUGCUAUCUUUAUAUUCUUAAUAUAUAGCACGUUGACAAGAACAGAACUGUAAAUGACAAAGUACAAGACAAAUACCCUGGGAAAAAAAUGAAAGUACGAGAAAUUGGCAUUUGUACAGCUGAAAUUCAAUGUAUCUGUUAGAGAUGUCUGGAAGGGUUACUUAGCCAAAUUUUACUCAAGCCAAUUAGAAACUGACAUUAUCAGCUGGUAUUCAGAGAACUCCAGAGGUUUCCAAUUCAAACAAAAUUUUGGAAAUCCGUUUGGUGUUCAGCUUCACAUUUCGUUUUUUCUUAGCACAUGCUGAUAAAAUAGUCACAAGGAGAAAUUAACAGUUACGGUUUAUUAAAUCUCUUCUAAAAUACAGUCAAGGAAAACUUUUUUUUAGAUAAAUAUUUUAUGGUGAUAUGAAACAAAAAGUGACAAUUAUUGCAGGUUUCCUUUUAGUUUACAAAAGCACUGGAAACUCUAAAUCGUAUUUCUUCCCUCCAAAUCCCACUUAUUCCUGACUUUGAAUCAGCUGCAGAAUUGCAGGUGUGUUACUUUGUUGAUCAGUAACUUUGGAACAAUUAUGGAUCAAUUCUGUGGUCACUCUGAAUUUUCAUGUCAUUAAUCACAUAAAAAUUGAUAAUACCUCAUUCUAUAUUACAAUAGAUUUUAUUUUGCCAAAGGCAAAACACCUAUAGUUGAGCUGUAUUUGGGGGGUUGGGUGAGGAAGGACCUACAUCUUAUCUCACCAAAAAACUGGCCAGUAUUUUUUUUAAAUGUAAAGCUUCCUUUUCUUUCUAAAAAAAAUAACAAAAUCAUUUUUCAUUGGCCUAUUCUGUCCUUGUGUCUAAACUAACAUUACAUUAAUUUUUGAUCUUAGUUUCUGAUAAACACAAGCCAUUCCUAUCAAAAUAUUAUUUAUUCAGUCAAUUUUACCAAUAAGAAAGACAAUAUAUUUUCAUUUUUUAAAUUAUGAGCAUACAAUUUUUUGACAGGCUGUUUCCUUGUCCUAUAAUUUUUUUCCCAUCAAACCUACUUUUUUCAUACUCUGUGCAUAUUUUUUGUGAAGUUAUACACAUUGAAGACCCUAAAAAUCCCAUUCCAUCAUUCAGCUUCCCUCUACCAACUUCUAUCUGGUAUUGAUUCAGUUUCAAAAACACAGACAGAUACAAGGAAAUGUCUCUUUAUAAUGUUCUUAGGAUGGACUAGACCCAUAAAUGUGCCAUGAAUCAAAUUAUUAAUAAUUUGAAAGCUUUCAUGCUGUUAGUCCCCGAUGAAAUUCUCAGCAUUAAUUGGGCAGCUCCUCUGAUUUCUGCAGCAUCGCAACAGGUUCUAAGAUGGAUCGUGGCUGGGUAUUCCCUCCCAUAUUGUUUCCUCUGGGAUGCUCUUCAUUAUCUCAGUGCCUGUGCCAUGAAGAUAGAAAACUGUAAGCUAACAUUUAAGAUGUUUCUUCUGGGAGGAAAGUCAGCAGGAACAAGUUAUAUUGCCACUGCUGUGGCAAAUUUUGGUGAACUUUUGUGGUCAUUAUAUCAAUUUUUUCUUUGGAUUCAAAUUGUAAUGUCCCCUGCAUUUCCUUAAUCAGGAAUGUGAAGCCUUUAUAAAACUCUAAAAGUAUUCUGUUUUGAUAUGUCUUUUUGUUUCUAUUCAUUUUCAGUUAUAUGAUUGAUUUACUUAUGCCAAGAUUCUGUCACUGUCAGUUAUUUAAUGAGUGUUUUUUCAGGGUCUGUUUUAAGAUCAUUAUUUGAUAGCUGUAGCAUGAAGCAGAGGCUGAUGAUACCUAUAAUUACAGGGGUAUUCCUGUAAAAGUAACAAUUAUUGGGUAAUAAUUUCAAAAGGAAUGAGAAGUGACAAAAUUGAUUUAAAAUAUUGUUCUACUUAUAAAUAAAUGCUUGAUCUAAAAAAAAAAUUUAUCCAUAAAGUUUGACACCUGACCCCAGAUUCUAUGUAAUCAUUAUUAGAAAUUCUUUCUCUCAUUAUUUCAGGAUUAAUAGUUCUGUAUAAUUCAUUUUACAAUUUCAAAUUGAUCUGGUGCCAUAAAGUAUACAGACUACUUUAAAGAUUUCCAAAUCCCCUAACUUACCCCACAAUAGCAUGUAUUUUUAGCUAAGAUAUGUCCUGUUACUAAGUAUCUCCCAAUGCUUUAGUAAAACAUACUGUAUUUAGGAGAAAUGUUGAAAAUGUACAUGAAGCUCCUUUCUGAUAUAGAAACCAUUUCCGGAGUAUUUAUACUGGUUUGAUGUUUACAUUGCUGUAACUCAGUGCCUCAGAUACCUCUGUGACCAAAUUUGCCUCCAACCACAUAGCUCAUUUCCUAUAACGUUAUAUCAUAGGAAACCCUCACAGAGACACUAACACAGCUAAAGAUCUUCUGAUAUUAUCACCAAGGGAUGCAGUGACUUUAUUGGAAUCUGGAGAGUUUAACCACCUUCUGUUGGUCUCCUCACUUACUUCUUAUGAAGUUGGCAUUACCUGAGACUCCUAGCUGUGAUUAGGUACAAGGGUACCUAACAGGGUAGCAAAAGAAAGAUCCUUUGAAAAAUUUAUCAAAAAUAAUCCAGAGAACAAAAUGUUUGUCUUGGUCUGAUGAUGAUAAGAAAUCAAGGAUUCGCAGAGAAAAUACUAAAUGUCAAGAGUUGAGCAUGUGGGUCUCUCUGUAAGAGUUUUAAAACUCUUGCGAGUUACCACUUUCCCAAUUUACUAUUAUUUUUGUACUAUCAGCUAUUGCCCUGCAAAAUAUUCAAAACCAGCCAUUUCUAAAGUAAACAUUUUAUGUUAUUUUUAACCAGAUAGGUGUCUUUGUCAUCCUUCUACUAUAAAUUGUUCUUUGCCAACCUGUACAGGUAGAUGAACCAGGCAAGAAUUUUAAUCAGCCCUUUCUUGUCCCCUUUGUAAGAAAGAGAUACUUGACCAUGGAGAAAGACAAGACUACAUUAAAAAUAAUUUAAUAGCCACAAUAUGAUGUUCUUUAAGCUGUAAAUUGAGUACACUGGGAAUCAACAAAUUUGAUGAAGCUUGUCUAUCUCUUCACCAGUGGAGUGAGUGCAGCAGUUAGAAAGAGAAGCAGUACUGUGCAACUGGUGCAGUGGUUAGUUAAGCAUAGUAUAUAACCUUGUGUUCAUGAAACAGAUUGUUCAUUGUUCUGCAUCUCUCUUCAUUUAAAAAAGGGCACAUAAUUCUUUCCUUAUUGAAUAUUACACCAAGCAUUUGAGGGGAAAAUCCUCAUUCGUAAAGGAUUUUGGAUUUAUAAUCUAAAACUCAACUAUAAAGAAAUAAUAUUCCAAGUCUCUGGUUUCCUAAGAUACAUAACAACUGUUUAUAAAUAAGAUCUGAGAGCUGGUAUUUUCCAAAGUGAUAGAAGAGUUGUUUUUUCCUCUCUACUAACAAGCUUUAAGACAUUAAAAGAAGUCUAGUGUAUUUGAAUAUUUUAGAGAAAGCUUUAUCAUUUUUUAAGAUGCCAAGAUGCUGCCUAUGUUUGCAAAAGUUGUCUAAGAAUUCACCAUAAGCUAUAUUUUCUUCUGGAUCUUUAACCAAGGUGAUGUCAGCUUAUUUCUGGGGGAAGUGCUGAGCUCUUAUACAUGAAAAUGGAUAUAGGCUAUUAUUUGGGAUGAGUGUUGUUUCAAUGCUUUAUAAAUCCAUGAAGCUGCUUGUCUCAUAAAGUAAAACUGAUACAAAUUUUGAUUGGAUAUAUAGAGAAUUUUAUAAAUUUGUUGCCUUAGAAUUUCUGGGUGGAGACCCAACUACAAUGACAUUGUCAUGCAAGAACUAUAAAGAUAAUUAGAGUUAAAAGUUGUUUAAAUUGUGCCCUUGAAUACAGCAGAACCUGGAGAAGGUCAUACUUCAAAGGUCAAUUUUGAGAAGGUUGAUUGUGAGUCCGAAUAAAGACAGACCUAGUAACAGAUAGUUUUUUUUUUUGUAACCAGAUCCAUAGCAGAUAUGUGUCCAUUUUUUUCUACCAAGUAGAGGUUUAUGCCCUUAGAACUAAACUAGUAAAAAUAUCUGAACAAAAAACAUUUCGUUAUUGGCAUAAAAAUAUGGGACACUUAGAGAUAUUUUGUUUAUUGCAUAUAAUUCUAAUUUAUAGAAAAAUUAGAUUUAUGAUAUUUUCAUAAAGCACUUGAUUCAAGGAGUACCAUCACAAGGAGUACCAUCACAAAGACGUUUUCCUGCAGAGUUCUUUGUAUCAACAGUCCAUGGUUGAGAUAUUUUCUCAUUUCCUAUAUAGAGAGAAUAUCACUAACACAAAAGCAAAAACAUUAGUGCCAGAAUAGUGGAACUAUUUUGUCAUCUUUUCAGAAAAAAUAAUAUACAAAUAAAUCAUCUUUUCACUGA